CGCAACAUUUUUUGUGCCUGUCGAGAACUCAGAAUGGAUGACCAGUCCAUUACAUCUCUCAAAGCAGCAUUUAUAGGAUCCCAAGUACGCCAUCUUUCGACCCCUCUCGAGCCCUCCACAGAAUGGCGAGACCAGGCCACGGAGCCAGAAGGAGGACAUCUAAGUGACAAGGUGGUGCAGGAUGUCGUUGCCAAAGUCAACGAGAAAAUCAAACAACACAAUCGCAUGGUCUUCUCCCAGCGAUCGCAGCGGCAUGUCGCUGAACAAAUUGAGACAUUACACUGGAACCUUGUCAAUGCCGAGUCGAACGACACGGGGCUCGAUACCGUAAUAAUAAGACGAGACGCUGAGUUGACAGAAACAUCAACGAUUGGGAAUCUCCCAGAAGACUACGACGAUCUGGCCCUCCAUCCUGACCACGAAACGAAUGCAGAGGAGGCGGAGAUGUACACGCGCUUGCGUCAAGAACUGCUAGGUCUAAGUCAUGCGCGGGACGCACUCAAGCAGAAAGUGGCCAAGUACAAGUCCUUGCAGAGGUUGAUGGAGCCACUGGACAACCCCCUGGUCAACAUACAGCCCAAUCUGAUCACCAAAGACGGGGAGCUGAGCAAGGAAUUGGAACGGAUGAGAGUGCUGCUUGCUCGAGUCACUGGGAAGGUGUCCGAAAAACCCAGGUCGCCGGAUUUCGCGAGGACCAACCCAGCACCUCUAGCACUGAGUGACAGGCAGAAAUUGGCAGCACUCCUGGAACCGACAUGAAGAGUCGACACAAUCUCGCUUGAAGUCUUACGAUGAUCGUACAGUAUCCUAUCAGCCAUGGUUAUCAUAAGACCUGUAACGCCGCUUCAUGCAUAUGCCAUUGCCCCCUCCUGCCAGAUAUUGGUCGCAGAAUCAUUCGUCAACUGCUUCCUCGACUGUCGGAGCAGCAUGUCGCUUCGCCGGCGUUGAUUUGCCAGCGGAAUCAACUGAAGUACUAGUGGCAGACUCAGGGGGAGACGUCGACUCCCCGCCUGCUGGCUUAGCUUCUGCCUCUGUAACCUUCUCAUCCGAUGCUGCAGCAACCUUUGCCGCUUUCCUGGCUUUCUUUUCUUGCUUCUUUCUCUUGAUGUCCUCUUUGGUUUCGUGCCAACCCCAGAACGGACGGAAGCUGUCGAAGAAACCCACAUCUUCGAAGAGAUUCGGGUACAGCCAAAGGCCAGGCGGGACGAGGAAGAAUGUGAAGACGAACAGAAUCAGUCGGAAGAUGGCCAUGGCGAAGAACAAACCGAGCAAACCCAUCAAACCCCAGGAGCCGUACCACACACCCUGUCUCAUGAAGAAAGGCCAUAGGGGGAAGAGGACAACAGUGAAGACUGCAAUCAAGGCCAGCGCUGCCCACAUCUUGGUCUUCCACUGUGGUCCCUCGAAUAGCCAGACGUAAUGCAUUGUCGGG